AUGGCGCGGCGGUGCUCCCACUGCAACCACAAUGGCCACAAUUCCCGGACGUGCCCUAACCGCGGCGUGAAACUCUUCGGCGUGCAUCUCACCGAUGGCUCCGUCAGGAAGAGCGCCAGCAUGGGGAAUCUCUCCCUCCUCGCCGGAUCUAGCGGCGGCGCAUCGCCGGCCGACGGCCCGGAACCCGGCAGCGGUGCCGCGGGGGGCGGGUACGCGUCGGAGGAUUUCGUGAAGGGGUCGUCCUCCAGCUGUCGCGAGCGGAAGAAAGGUACUCCAUGGACUGAAGAAGAGCAUAGAAUGUUCUUACUUGGCUUGCAAAAGCUCGGCAAAGGUGAUUGGCGAGGUAUAUCUCGGACCUAUGUGGCAUCAAGGACACCUACUCAAGUGGCUAGCCAUGCACAAAAGUAUUUUAUUCGCAAAACCAACAUGACUAGAAGAAAAAGAAGAUCGAGCCUCUUUGAUAUGGUACCUGAUGAGGAGUUCCCAAUGAGCUUUCAAGAAUCAGAAGCACAAAAUAACAAUCUACCUCCUGUACCUCCAACUCUGAACGAGGAGUGUGAAUCAAUGGAUUCUAAUGACGCGACAAUUGGAGAAGCAGUUGUUCCACAACCAGAAGCUCCACAAUGUAGCUAUCCUGUGAUACUUCCAGCUUAUUUUUCACCACUCUUGCAAUUCCCAUUCCCUUGUUGGCCAGGAUACAAAGCAGAUACUUCAGAGCAGCAGGCACAUGAAAUUAUUAAGCCAACAGCAGUACAUUCGAAGACUCCUAUGAACAUUGAUGAGCUUGUGGGUAUGUCAAAAUUGAGCAUAGGAGAGUCCCGCGGAUCCACAUUGGAUUUGCUUGGACGGUCAAAGAGGCAAUCUGCUUUCCAUGCUAGUCCAUCAACUAAGGCUCAAGCAUGAUCGAACUAUUUAGACAGGGUUGACAAGUCAAGGUUUGCCAUGAGAAAAUUAGCCUUGCCUCAUUGUUAUGGUGAUCACGACAGUAACUGGAUUCCUGGGAAUUCUCCUCAUACUACAGCUUAUGUUCAUAUUCUCUGCUGAAAUAUUAGCAUGUUAUAUAUUGGCUACUCUGUUGAUUCUUCAAAAUAGUAAUUAUAGAUUCACAGUUCUGUUUUCA